AUGACGCCACAGAUUCAAUGGAUAUACUUACUACAUUUAUGCAUUCUUAUACACCACACAGCAGCUGGAGCGACAGGAGCCAGGGGCAGGUGCAGCUUGUUUGGUCGGCAGCACAUCCACACUUUCGAUGGCGUCUUGUAUGACUUCGCUGGAGAUUGCAGUUAUCUUUUGGCUGGGGAUUGCAAACAGCGCUCCUUCACACUUCUCGGUGAUUUUGUGGAUGGAAGGCGUGUUGGCGUCACUCUGUUCCUCGGUGAUGCCUUUGAGCUGCACCUGUCUGUCAAUGGAAUCCUCUCACAAGGGGAUAAAAUUCUGUCUGUGCCCUAUGCGUCCCACUCUCUGUUUGUGGGCACUGAGCUGGGCUUCUACAAGCUGUGGAGUGAAGAAUUUGGAUUCUCCGUGACCAUUGAUCAUGCUUCUAACAUGGCAGUGAUCUUGGGCCAGGUGCACGCCAACAGCACCUGUGGUCUCUGUGGGAACUUCAACGGCCUCACCUCAGACGAAUACACAGCUCAAGAAGGCUUCGUCACAGAGGACAGCUAUGACUUUGCAAACUCGUGGGCAGUGAAGGGGGCGUCCCAGUUGUGCGAAAGGGUCACCCCACCCAGCAUGACCUGUAAUCACACCGGUAGGAUUGCAGAGAUCAUGUCGGGCUGCAGUGUCCUGGGCCAGUCAUCGGCCUUCCUGCACGGUUCUCAUGUGGUGUCUGCUGAGGCCUUUGUGGCUCUGUGUGAGCGGCAGGCUUGUCAGUGUGAGGGGGCCCCAGAGGAGUGCUACUGCCCCGUCCUGCUGGAGUAUGCCCGCUCCUGCCACAACCACGCCACAGUGCUGACCGGCUGGACUGCCCAGAGCCACUGCAUUCCCAAGUGUCCCAUGGGAAUGCAGUACAGUGAAUGCACCAAGUCCUGCUCUACCACCUGUCACAGCCUGAACAUCCAGGAGGUCUGCUCUGAACAAUGCUCUGAUGGAUGCAUCUGUCCUGAUGGAAAGGUGCUGGAUGGACAGCGUUGUGUGGAGGUGUCCCAAUGUUCCUGUGUCCACAUGGGCCGACACUUCCCCCCUGCAUCCACCAUCUCUCAGGACUGUAACACCUGUGUGUGUCGUCAUGGUUCCUGGGAGUGCUCAAACCAAGGCUGCCCGGGGGAGUGCUUAGUCCUAGGCCAGUCGCACUUCAAAACAUUUGAUGAGAAGUUCUUCACCUUCACCGGACAGUGUCAGUAUCUCCUGGUCAAGGAUUGUGCUGAGAACGACUUUUCAGUUAUUAUUGAGAAUGUGCAGUGUGCCGAUAACCAAGACGCUGUGUGCACGCGCUCCGUGACGCUCAGCCUGCCCUCUUUGGAGAACAUGACCAUAAAGCUCAAACAUGGAGGUUUAGUGUCAGUCAACAGUAUGGACAUCCAGACACCCAUGCAUCAUGGCCAUCUGCACAUCCAGAGGUCUGUCCAAUCGUCUGUCCACGUCAGGUUCAAGGAGGAUUUUCAGAUAGAGUGGGAUGGAAACGGUCGGCUGCGUGUAAAGCUGGGGCCACGGUGGCAGGGGCGCACUUGUGGCCUGUGUGGGAACUACAACGGUAACCAAGGAGACGACUUCAUGUCCGAGGCGGGUUUGGUGGAAGGGGGAGCCCAGGCGUUCGCUCAGUCCUGGAGGAUCAAUGCAGACUGUGAGGCCAUCCACAGGCAGGAGGCCGACCCGUGUGCUGCCAAUCCCAAGAGAGUGCGCUUCGCAGAGGAGGCGUGCGCGAUCAUCUUGUCCGAGGUUUUCUCUCCCUGUCACUUCCUGGUGAACCCGGCUCCAUUCCAACGCUUCUGUCGAUACGAUGUGUGCGCCUGCUCUGAUGGAGAGGAGUGUCUGUGCUCUGCCCUGGCCGCCUACGCCUCGGCCUGCUCCAACCGCGGAGUGCUUUUGAGCUGGAGGUCCCCCUCACUGUGUGUCAUGCAGUGCUCUGGAGGCCAGGUGUACGAGGCCUGCCGGCAUCCCUGUGAGCGGACAUGCAGGUCUCUGUCGGGACUGGAGCCAGGCUGUGGAGGGCAGUGUGAGGAGGGCUGCUUCUGUCCCGUGGGGAAAUACCUGACCGACUCUGGAGAGUGUGUGAGUGCGGACCUCUGCCCCUGUCUGCACGAUGGACAGCUGUACCAGCCCAGCGAUGUGUAUGCUGACCACCACGCCAUCUGUCAUUGUGAGAAUGGAGCCAUGCACUGCAGUUCCAGUGAGGAGGGGACCAUGCUGUCAGACAUGUUUUAUGAUGAUGAUUUGGCUCCAUCCAGAGAACGGCGGUCAGCUCAGUGCCCUCCUCCACUUGUCCGAGCAGACUGUGAGACCGGAGGGACAGGUCCAGAAUGUGCCCGGACCUGUCAGAACCUAGACCUCCCAUGUGUGGGCGUGGCCUGUAUUCCUGGAUGUCUCUGUCCACCGGGAACCGUGCGUCAUCGGAGAGAUUGCAUUUUACCUCAGGAAUGUCCUUGUUACCAUAACAACCGGGCUUAUGCAUCUGGACAGAGUGUGGCUAUAGAGUGCAAUACCUGUGUGUGUAAGAAGAGGAAGUGGGAGUGCACCAAUAACGUGUGUGACGGAGUCUGCCGGACGGUUGGGGAGGGCCACUACAUCACCUUUGAUGGGCUGAAGUACCUCUUCCCUGGGUUCUGUCAGUACGUGCUCAUCCAGGACAUGUGCGGCGGUGAGGACGGCUCCUUCAGAGUGCUGGUGGAGAAUGGACCUUGUGGAAUUGUCGGACAUCGAUGUGCAAAAGUCAUCACCAUCUUUUUCCAAGGAGGCGUGAUCGUCAUGCAGCACGGAGAGGUAAAAGUGAAGAAUCCAGUCCUGCUAGGCUCACAGGUGCAGAUUGUGCGGUCGGCCCAAUCCUACACUGUGCUCCUGGGAAAGCAUCUCACCAUCAACUGGGAUAAAGGAACCCACCUCCGCGUGCACAUUUCUCCUGUCUACAGGGGAAAAGUGUGUGGCCUCUGUGGAAACUACGACGGAAACGUUAACAAUGACUUGAUGAGCAGCAAUAACCAACUGGAGGUGGACGCGCCGCACUUCGGGAACUCCUGGAAAGUGUUGCCCAGCUGUGCCGAUGUAACACAGGUGCCUCCUCCUUGCAAUGACGACAUUAGCAAGCUAGUCACAGUGGAGCAGUCCUGUCGUGUUCUUACUGGACCAAUCUUCAAAGAAUGCAAUGAUCAGAUCGACGCGGAGCCUUUUGUGCAGAUGUGUGUGGAUGCAGCUUGCUCCUGUCCUUCGGUGGGAGACUGUGCCUGCUUCUGUGACGUGGUGGCAGCCUACGCUCUGGCCUGUUCAGAACAAGGCUUGUCCAUCAGCUGGAGGACCAAUCAGCUCUGUCCUUUGAGCUGUGAAGACCUGAACCCGGUGCGUGCCGACACGGGUGAGGAGCUAUGUCAGUGGAGGUACAACGCUUGUGGUCCAGCCUGUCCAAUCAGCUGCCAGCAUCCAGAGCCUCUGCACUGUCCCCUGAGCUGCGUGGAGGGAUGCCACACACACUGCCCUCCAGGUCAGUUGCUGGAUGAAGUUCUCCUGCGCUGUGUAGAACCCUCUCAGUGCCAAGUUUGUGUCCAUGAGGGUCAAACAAUCUCCCAUGGAACCAAAGUUCUCCUCAACCAAGAUGUCCCAGAGAUGUGCAAGAUAUGUCACUGUGAAAGCAACCAGCUGCACUGUGAGGCCUGCACCCCCGCAUCCCUGACCACUCCUGCCCCCACAACUUCCUGGGGGACAUACAGCACCGUGCCCUUCACCACACUGAUGCCUGAGGGGGGCUGUGACCGGGCCAUGGACCUGGCUUUCCUCCUGGAUGGUUCGGAGGCCCUGAGCGAGGAGGACUUCCAGGUGACCAAAGACUUCAUCCUCAGCGUGGUGGAAAAGUUUCGCAUGGGCUCAGCGCACACACGAGCAACAGUGCUGCUGUACCACUCCGGAGUGAAGACAUACGAGCUGCAGGUUCAGAAAUGGCUCUUUAGGAAGAUGGUCCGCGAGCUCCAUUACACUGGGGGAGACGCGGCCUUCUUGGACGAGGCUAUCAAGUACUUGGCCGUCAACAUUUACGACAAGAACAAGCGCGAGCAUGCAGGCCGCGUCGCCGUCAUCCUCACGGCCAGCGAAAACCCCCGGCCCAUGCGCGCCAUCCUCAAGAUGCUGCGCAGGAAGUCCAUCACCACUUUAACUGUCGCGCUGGGCCCCGAGGUCGACAUGGGACAAAUCAACGAAAUCACCAAAAUCAGUCCAGAAAACCGGGCCUCUCCACAGCGGCCAAUAAUGGUGGAAGAUUAUUUUAAUCUCACAAACGUAGUCCACCGUGUGAUCAAUAUUACACGGACAAGAAUCAUUCCCCGUUCCCCGACUCUCCCGCCUCUGAUUGUGCCCACACCAGCCACUCUGCCCCCUUCAGUGCCAUGUGACAAGCCCAUGGACGUUGUGUUCUUGUUAAAGGCGGGGGAGCAGUUGACUGAUGCAAAGACAUUUGUCAAGAGCUUCAUCACUAAUGCAAAAAUAGGGCCUAAGGACACUUACUUCAGUUUGUCACAGUACGGAGAAAGAAAUACAGCCGAAAUCAGCUGGAAGCAGGAGCAGAGCAAAGACCAGCUCCUAAAUCUGGUGGACAGAGUUCCCAGAAGGACCCCUGCAACUCCUCAACUUGGUGCAGCUCUGCGGUUUGCCGUCCAGAACGCCCUCUCCCCGGCCAGCGGAGGCAGAGCUGGGGUGGCUAAGGUCGUCGUCAUGUUGGUUCUGGACAAAUCCGCUGAUGACGUCACAGAGGCGGCUAACGAAGCGAUGGCAGCUGGUGUGUCAGUGUUUCCCAUCGGCGUGGGAUCAGGAUACGACAGGGCGGAGCUCAGUGUGCUGGGUCGCCACGGUAAGCAGGACAACAGCCUGCACCUGAGCAGCAUGGACCAGCUGCUGCUGCUGCUGCUGAGCCUGGACCAGGACUUCACCCAGAGGAUGUGCAGAGCGGGUCCACCGGGACUGUGCGUGGAUGAUAAUGGGACAGAGAGGAAGCCUGGAGAGUCAUGGUUGCUGGACGAUGGCUGUCACUCCCUCCUGUGUCACCCCAGUGGAGCAGUGACCGUGCAGAGCCACAAAGUGAGCUGCGAGAGACUGGAGCCUCCGGCCUGUAGGAACAACAUGCCCCCGGUCAGGGUCCAGGAGACGUGUGCCUGCCACUGGGAAUGCCCAUGCAUGUGCAUGGGCAGCUCGACUAAUCACGUGGUGAGGUUUGACAGCCUGGCUCUCCGGCUGGAUGGGGAGGGAUUGUGCUCCUACACUCUUCUAACUGUGAACAAGAGUCUGACUGAGUCCUCCGAGGUGAAACUCCACAACGGACCCUGCAGACACCCCUCAGAGUACCACCAAGUGUGCAUGAAGGCUAUUGAGGUGGUCCAUGGAGCUUCUACCCUCCUGCUGAAGGAGGAUAUGACGGCCGUGAUGGGCACUGAGGAGCUCGCUCUGCCCUGGACUCAUGGCGGCCUUGAGCUGCUACGCUUUGGGGGUAUCAUGCUUCAGCUCAGAUCGGACCACGGCUACACACUCACCUUCACCCCCCAGAGCAACGAGUUCACCAUCUCUGUGCAGGGCUCCGGGACAGUUGGGCCCACUGCAGGACUCUGUGGUGCCUGUGGAGAGGAGCAUGUAAACGUCCUGCGCCUCCGUGAUGGCAGCCUGACUUCAGACCACUCUGCCCUGGUGCGGGACUGGAGCAGCUCCGGGGGUAUGGAGGGAGGCGAGGGUGUGUGUGUUCCUCGGAGCCGUCCUGUAUGUGCCCUGGGAGCGUCCAUGGGUUGCCAGGCUCUGCGCUCUGAGGUGUUUGGGCCGUGUCAUGGGGUGAUCCCGGUGCAGCUGUUCCUGUCUCGCUGUGAGGAGGUGGCCUGUGAGCAGUCGGACGUGUGCGAGCUGCUGUCCGCUUACGCACAGCUCUGCAGACAGAACGGGGCCUGCAUGCACUGGAGGGGCCCGCACCUCUGCCCCUUCCAAUGCCCCAGUGCGAUGGAGUACCAUGCGUGUAGGAGCGACUGUGUGGAGGACUGCAGCAGCCUCCAGACUAUGUCCGAUCAGAGGAACUCAUCCUGUGUGGACACCCCCACAGAGGGCUGCUACUGUCCUGAGGGCCUGCUCCUCCACCAGGGGGCAUGUGUGUCUCCAGAUCGCUGUCACCAGUGUGUGGAUCAGCAAGGACAUGCACGUGCUUACUUGCAGUCGUGGGUCCCGGAUGAGAACCCGUGCCUCAUCUGUAUGUGUUUAGAGCAGCAGCGUGUUAACUGCACAGCCCGGCCCUGCAACGACGUCAAAGUUCCUGUGUGUGGCCCAUGUGAAGUUCUGAGGGAGAAGAGGGAGUCCAAAUGUUGCCCUGAGUACGAGUGCGUGUGUGAUCUAAAGAACUGCUCCAUGCCUGAAGUGCCUCGCUGUGAAGAUGGUCAGACCUUGGUCCUGAGAAACCCAGGAGAAUGUCAGCCAGUGCAUGAGUGUGUUUGUAAAAAGGAGCAGUGUGAUGUCCAGCCGCCUCCUACUUGUCCACCACAUCGACAGCUGUCAGUGAAAAAGAGCUCAUGCUGUGACUCGUUCCAGUGCGUCUGUCAGUGUGAGAACUCCACACGCUCUUGUCCCAUCGGCUUCAUCACCUCCACUUCCACCAACGACUGCGCCUGCACCAUCACCAGCUGUGAGCCAGACAAGGUGUGUGUGGUGGGGGCCCAGGUUCACCUGGUGGGCAGUGAGUGGGAGGAGGGCUGUAACAAAUGUGUGUGCAGCCAGCAGCAGGACGUCCAGAGCCGUCUACAUGUGGCCCAGUGUACCCCACCUGUGUGCCCCACCUCAUGCCCUCUGGGCUCCAGGUACGCUCCAUCCGAAGGCGAGUGCUGUGGGAAGUGUGUGUCAUCGAGCUGUGUGACAUCACAAGGAGAAAUUAGAGGAGACACUCUGAGGGCAGCUCAGAUCCGACAUGUGGGCGAUGUGUGGUCUUCUCCUCUGGAUGAGUGUGUCCUCCACGAGUGUGUGAAGGUCCAGGAUCAGGUGUUUGUGACAGAGAGGAACGUGAGCUGUUCUGCGGUGGACCUUACCCCCUGCCCCCUGGGGACAGAGCUGAGCUGUUCCCCCUCAGGCUGCUGUCCCUCCUGUCGCUGUGUCCCUGUAAAUGCCUGUCUCUUCAACCAUACUUUGAUUGGACCUGGAGAGCAGCUGAUGGUGGACCUGUGUACACACUGUGAAUGUCAGGUGGAGCAGGGGGUUGUGAAGAAGUACAAGCUGUCCUGUAAGAGAACCAGCUGUCCUGAGUGUCCUAUGGGGUACAGUCUGCAGACGGAGGAGGGGGCUUGCUGUGGCCGCUGUGUCGCUACCACUUGUUUUAUUCAAAAACCUGAUGGGACAUUCAGCAGCUUGCCGGUGAACUCCAGCAGUGAGGAGGGCUGUAGCGUGUACUCCUGCAGCCUGAGCCCCAAAGGAGAUCUGGUGGCUCAGGUGAAAGUGACAACCUGUCCUGCGUUCGAUCCACAGGCCUGUCUGGACCAUGGGGGUAAAGUCAGUCGCCUUGGAAACAGCUGCUGUGAGACAUGUGAAGAACCUGAGUGUCGGAGGACCAAAGGCACUCUGAACUACAUCCGAGUGGAGGACUGUCAGUCUGAGCAGAAGGUGGAGCUGCACUACUGUGAGGGGAAGUGCCGGAGCCGGUCCCUGUACUCCCUGGAGCGCGGCGCAGUGGAGCGGGAGUGCGUGUGCUGCUCUGCCCAGGACACUGAGGGCCUGAGUGUGCCUGUGCUGUGUUCCAACGGGACCAGGAGCCUCCACACAGUGCUGUCAUUCACCCAUGCCACGUCCAGCCUCCUGCUGCCUCAUACCUAUCAGCUACUGCUCAACUCUCCAUCUUUUAUUCGUUUUGGCUCUCGCUGGCUCAGACACUUUCCACCAUCUGCGCGUCCGUGUUUCAUUGAGAGGAGUUUGUGCGAUGAGCUAAUCCGCCCUUGA